UUGUUUAUUUCUAUUGGAUGAGAACUUAAGCUUAUUGAUGCGGAAGCAUAUAUGGAAAGAGAAUUGAGUAAUGUUUACCUUGUUACAUCGUGUCGUUUACUGAUCUAAUGGAAGUUAUAAAGCUACUUUAAUAGUAUAACAAGUUUAUUGCUGUGAAGGUCGAGGAGCCGGUUCAGUAAUGAUAAUGGCAAAGGUCUUCUUCAAAAGUGUCAUGCUGUUAUCUCCAAAUCAAAGGCUACAGUAGCCAAGCGCCUGCGCUGCUAGUCAACGUGACGUCACACCCAGCAUGGCGGUCAAGGUAGAAACAACCGCAAGAGGCGAUUCCAAUGCACUAAGGACUAUAUUUCUGAAGCAUGCCAGUGUGGUUGAGAAUGGGGUGCAUUACAUGUCCCCCAGGGACUUUGUGCAGAACUUCCUGGGUAUGCACAACCAGCCCGACCACAACCACAAGACUGUGCAGCUGAUCGCUGGAGUAGCCGACACCAGCAAGGAUGGACUGAUCUCUUUCCAGGAGUUUCUGGCCUUUGAAUCGAUUCUGUGUGUCCCGGAUGCCCUUUUCAUAGUUGCCUUUCAGUUGUUUGACAAGACUGGCACAGGGGACAUCUCAUUUGCCAAUGUGCGGGACAUCUUCAGCCAGACCACAGUGCACCACCACAUUCCCUUCAACUGGGACUGUGAGUUCAUCAGGCUCCACUUUGGCAGUGACAGAAAGAAGAACCUCAGCUACUUGGAGUUCACCCAGUUUCUGCAGGAGAUGCAGUUGGAGCACGCCCGCCAGGCCUUUGCCCAGAAGGAUAAGAAUAAGAGCGGUACCAUCUCUGCCAUGGACUUCAGCGACAUCAUGGCCACCAUCCGCCACCACAUGCUCACCCCCUUUGUGGAGGAGAACCUGGUCUCGGCCGCUGGAGGCAGCACCUCCCACAUGGUGAGCUUCUCCUACUUCAAUGCCUUCAACGCCCUCCUUAACAACAUGGAGCUGAUCCGCAAGGUCUACAGCACACUAGCCGGAACAUACAAGGAUACCCUCAUCACCAAAGAGGAGUUUGUUAGUGCUGCCAACAAGUUUGGUCAGAUCAAUCCGAUGGAAAUUGACAUCCUGUACCAGCUCUCUGGCCUCCACGCUCAUUCUGGAAAGCUCAACUUGGCGGACAUCGAGAGGAUAGCACCGUUGGAGGAAGGCGCGCUCCCAUACCACCUGGCUGAGAUCCAAAGACAGCAAGCUCAUGGGGAUCCACAUCGGUCCGUCUUGCUCCAGGCUGCAGAGUCUGCUUACAGGUUCGGUCUGGGUGCACUCGCUGGAGCCACGGGUGCGACGGCUGUGUACCCCAUUGACCUGGUGAAGACCCGUAUGCAGAACCAGCGCUCCACCAGCUCCUUCGUAGGAGAGCUCAUGUACAAGAACAGCUUUGACUGUGCCAAGAAAGUGCUCCGAUAUGAGGGAUUCUUUGGAUUCUACAGAGGUCUCGUACCACAGCUUAUCGGUGUUGCCCCAGAGAAAGCGAUCAAACUCACGAUGAAUGACUUUGUAAGAGACAAAUUCACCACAGAGGAUAACACCAUUCCCCUGUUUGCAGAAGUCCUGGCUGGUGCCACUGCCGGAGGAUCCCAGGUGAUCUUCACCAACCCUCUGGAGAUAGUGAAGAUCCGUCUCCAGGUGGCCGGAGAGAUCACCACGGCCCGCCGGGUCGGUGCCCUGACCGUGGUCCGGGACCUGGGCCUCUUUGGCCUCUACAAAGGAGCGAAAGCCUGCUUUCUGCGUGACAUUCCGUUCUCUGCCAUCUACUUCCCUGUGUACGCCCACACCAAGGCUGAGUUUGCAGACGAACAGGGCAGAAUUGGACCUCUGCAGCUGCUCACUGCUGGUGCCAUAGCAGGUAUACCUGCUGCCUCCCUGGUGACCCCUGCUGAUGUCAUCAAGACCAGGCUCCAGGUGGCGGCCCGCGCAGGCCAGACCACAUACAACGGAGUCAUAGACUGCUUCAGGAAGAUCAUUGCUGAGGAGGGCUUCAGGGCCCUGUGGAAAGGAGCAGGAGCCCGUGUCUGCAGGUCCUCGCCACAGUUUGGUGUAACCUUGGUGACUUAUGAACUCUUGCAGAGAUGGUUCUACAUUGACUUUGGAGGACAUCGCCCCACCGGCUCUGAGCCAACUCCUAAGUCGAGGAUCUCAGACCUUCCCCCUGUAAGUGCCGACCACGUAGGAGGCUACCGUCUGGCUGCUGCCACAUUCGCUGGCGUGGAGAACAAGUUUGGUCUACACCUGCCCAAGUUCAAGUCUUCUGGAGCGGUGUCUGUUAGCCAAGCCCCGACCAAAGAGGAGCCUACAGCCUCAUAGGCUGUCCGUCUCCCCCUCAACACUUAACUGCUAAAUGGCUGCAUGCUCCUUGAGUCAGGUGUCCUAAAAUAUCUGUCCCUUCAUUCCUCUGAAAUGGUAAAGAAAAUGGUCUCCUUCAUUCAUAGGCAUUUGAAAUAGUUACUUUGAAUGCUGCAUGAAUAGUGCUUCCUUGGUUAGUCUUUGUAUAGCUCGCACAAUGUUACUGUACAUAUUGUAUUUCUGUGGAGACGCAUUUUUUCAUUGAAAAUGAGUGGUGUCACUACAGCAUUUCUUAAAGCGAGGCUGUCAUCUCGUCAAUCACAUUUCAGAGACUUGAAAGGACGUACAGAUGUUUUCCAAAGUAUUUAUUUUGAAAUCAUGACCAGGGUUUUGGGAAAUCAUUUAAAUGUAUUUAUUGUAUUUUUGUUGAAAUAAAUCAAAAUGGUUUAAUUUUAA